GAGAGAAUAGAUCAGAUCUUCACACAACUGCUGAGAACAUGAAGAUGAAUCGUGUGUUUUUGGUCCUGGGCUUCGUCCUGAUCAUGGGGCUCUACUCAGACGCUCAGCCUUUAGUUUUUGAAUGGAACGGAGUGCUGAGAGACUGCUGUUUUGACUUUUUCACUGGCAAAAUUCCUCCCGAAAAGAUCCUGAAGGUUACAAAGACAGACCCGCGCUGUCCAAAGAAAGGCUUCAUUGUUACUACUCCUAAGUUCCCCAGCCUGUGUGUUCAUAAAGACGCCAUCGAAUGAAAAGCUUAAAGCAUCUUAAUGCUGCAACUGAGAUGCAACACACACCAUUUACUAU